UACUGUGUUCUUUUCGGACAAAAGAACAAAAAGCAUAAACAUGGCAACAAUAGAAGGAUUUCAGCUCCAUUCAGCAGUUCGGAUCUAUCAGGAUUCCAACUCCUCCAUAUUUGGCAUAGCUUACGACUGGGUACACGAAGCACUCUACUGGACUGACGGCCGACGGAAAUCCAUAAGGGUCAUGACCUUGACCCGAGAGGACCGGAAGUAUAUCACAACGGUUGUUGACGGCAUGGGUAAACCACGAGCAAUAGCGCUUGACAUUCAGCAAAGAUACUUGUACUGGACUGACCGGAAGAAACCAGCCAUGAUUGGGCGAUGUGGCAUGGAUGGAACCAAUGUCAGCAGCAUCAUUAACUCCGAUAUAACAUGGCCUGAAGGUCUUACUAUAGACUAUGCCGAACGUCGCUUGUACUGGACGGACGCUAUACGUGACAGAGUGAGCAGCUGCGACAUGGACGGUGGUGACCGCAGAGUGGUCAUCAGAAUGCCAGGUCCUCCAGAUGAACGCAUGUUUGCUAUAACGAUAUUUCAGGACUUCCUCUACUGGAGCGACUUGAGAUCAUCAACUCUUAGAAAGGUCAACAAGAGGUCGAGGGAGGCCGUUGAAGUCAUCAACACUGGGAGAGGAAGGCCCUACGAUGUCAAAGUGUACCACACUGACCGACAACCAGAAGCAUCGAACGCAUGUGGUGACAACGACGGAGGAUGCUCACAUCUGUGUCUGCCGUCGCCUCAUCAGACGUCACAGUCUACAAGCUUCUUAUGUAAAUGCCCGGAUGAUCGGCGUUACCAGCUGUCGUCGGAUGACAGGACGUGCUUUACCGAUGACUUGUAACAAGACGACUCCUGGGCAACCUGAAGUGAAGACGAAGAGGCCGAACCGUAACACCCUCUUCAAGAACGGAGGCAGUGGGGUAGCCUAGUGGUUAAAGCUUCCGCUCGUCACGCUGAAGAUCCGGGUUCGAUUCCCCACAUGGGUACAAUG